AUGGGUCUUACUCUCUGGAGUGCCUUCACGGCCGAACAGCGCCGCAAUAUUGCCAUCUAUACUGGUGCUAUCAUGUGCUACAAGCUCGGCUUGGAGUACUACAGCGGAUCCUUCAUCACUCAGGCGAAUGAGCGUUUCGGCGCCCGUCGUUUCGAGAAGAUUGCCAUCCUCACCGGUACCAACUACGCCGCUCAGUGCAUUGGUUCGAUCAUUGUCGCUCCUCUCAUUAAGCGUUUCCCCACUCGUUCCGUCCUUGCUGUUGCCGUCCUCACCUUCGGUCUCAUUGCUACCAUUCCCCUCAUUGCUGAUGCUGCCACCGGUGGUGUCUUGAAGUACAAGACUGCCAAUAACAAGACCCAGUACGGUACCUGGAGCCCCAACGGUCUCUUCCCCAUCUACUUCAUCUCUGGUAUCUCUUACGGUACCGUCGAACUAAUCCGUCGUGUCAUCCCUCGUGACAUUGUUGGUGGUGAUGUAGACCGUCUCAGAAAGAUGGACGCCUUCGUCCACGUCAUGUACGAGGUUGCCGGUACCACUGGUGCCUUCACCUCGUCUGCCUUGAUCGGCCACUUCGGUUACAACUACUCUGCCUUCCUCUCCCCCGUCCUCUUCACCCUCGCUGCCUGCGCUUGGAUCUUCAUCUCGUCGCUUGGUGAGAGCCAGCGCAACGAGGAGGAGUCCUGCCUUGCUCGCGUCGAGGUUGAGAAGCGUGGUAUAUUCAUGUCCAUGGUCGACGGCGUCCGCGCCUUCGGCAAGGCCUUCUGGUACGGUGGUUUCCUCGUCCUUACCGACCGACGAUUCAUCUGGCUCGUUCCCGGUUACACAUUGGCUCUCUACGGUCACCGAUACCUCGAGAACGGUCUUGCUCCCAUCUAUGCCAGGUCGAUCAUCGGUGUUUCUUCCUACUCGCAGAUCAUCGUCGGUGGUUCCAACUUCGGUGAGCUCCUCGGUGCUCUCUCCGUCAUGCUCUUUACCCAGGCUGUUCCCACCCCCAUGCCUUGGCUCCGUCUCGACGCCCUCCUCCUCAACCUUGUCUGGGUCAUGCCCUUCUUCCCCUACGUCCGGGGUGCCGUCUCCUCCGCCUGGAAGCUCGCUGCCGUCUUCAUCGCCGUUUCCUACGGUUGGGCUGCUGGUGACGUUUCGCUCGCUGCUUACAUCCAGUCGACCCUCGCCAGGAUGGAGGCCAAUGACAAGGACGUUUCGGCCCUCGGUGCUGUCAUGGCCUUCCUCUACGUGCUCUACAUCAUCAUGUACUCGGUCAUCUCUACCUUCCUUGGCCGAUGGGUCGACAAGCAGCUCCGUGGUCUCUCUGGUACCCGUGCCAUCAACCAGGCCCGCGACUGCCUCAAGUACAUCGGUGGUGUUCACUUCACCAUCCUCUCGGUGAUCAUCAUCGUCGCCACCUUCAUCCCCAAGGGUUCCUUCUCCCUCAACCCCAAGGCCAUCGACACCAGCCUUCUCAAGGGCGACGAGGAGUCGACGUCCGAGGACAUCAAGGAGGCCAAGUACCAGGAGCGCGACUCGUUCGGCCCCAACGACAUCCAGGGCGAUGCUAUCGGUGCUCUUGCCCAGAGCCCCGCUGCUCGCGUUACUUCGCGCGUUUAA